GGGAAAAGGCAGGUCCCUGCAGGCAGGAGAGUGUGAUUCAGGGUGGGGCAGAGGGAGGGAAAGAGAGAGGCCCGCCUCCUAGUAGGAAAUGUGACUGGGCUGCAGUCAGCCGGAGCCCCCAGCCUGCCAGAGCCAAGAGCCCAGGUGGGGUCGAGAACCUCAGCUACAGGAUGUUGACAACACUGCUGCCCCUGCUGCCACUACUGCUCCUGCCCUGCUGGGCCCUCUGUAGCCAGGAAGCCUCAGAUGGCCCGCGGUACCUCCACAUGAUCCAGGUCUCCUACUUCCGCAACCCCUCUCAAGUGUGGCACCGGGGCAACGCGACGCUCGGGGGGGUCCUGACGCACGUUCUGGAAGGCCCGGGCAACAACGUCUCGAUCCAACAGCUGCAGCCCUUGCAGGAGCCCGAGAGCUGGGCUCUCACAAAGAACAGUGUGAAUCGCUACCUGCAGGAGUUCCUGGGCCUGGUGCAGGUGGUGCACCACGAGCGGGGCGUGGCCUUUCCUCUGACCAUUCGCUGCUUCCUGGGAUGUGAGCUGCCUCCUGAGGACUUGAAAGCCCGUGUCUUCUUCGAAGUGGCUGUGAAUGGGAGCUCCUUUAUGAGUUUUCAACCGAAGACAGCCUCAUGGACGGCAGGGCCUCAGGCAUCUUCCAGUGUGGUCACCUACUCCCUGGAGCAGCUCAACAAGUACAAUCGUACUCGGUACGAACUGAGGGAAUUUCUGCAGGACACCUGUGUGCAGUACGUGCAGAAACACAUCACCGGGAACAGCUCGAAAGGAAGCCAAGUAGGCCGCUCCUACACUUCGCUGGUCCUGGGCAUCCUGGUGGGCUGUUUCAUCAUCACUGGAGUGGCUGUAGGCAUCUUCUUGUGCACAGGUGGACGGCAGCGGUGUUAAUUACUCUCCAGCCCUCUCUGAAAAAGAGCUAGACUGAUGGGGCCUGGCAAAGGAAGAUCUCAGCUCACUGCAAAACUGUACAGAUUCCCCAUCUGGGACAUUAUACUCCAGAAGAUUUAGAAUGGCAGCUCAUUUAUUCUCCGAGACUCGCCCACCAAGAGUUUGAGGGAGGGGAGGGGAGGAGCCUAGGCAGACAGGGUAGUUGGUUUGCUAAGAACCUAAGAACUGGCACCUUUGCUGAACUGGUCUGCGAAGUGAAUGCUUAUCUAUGUUUGUGGAAAACAGAUGAUGGAGUUGGGGCAACGGAGGUGGUCUGUGGCCCACCCAUCUUCCAAAGACAGAAUCACCUGAGGCGUUCAAAACACAUAACCAAAUAAAACAAAUCUUCCACAACCCAAACAACCAACAUUCAGUGCUUCCGGGUAUGUUAGACUUGGGAAGGGACACUGGUAUUAUACAAUAGAGGUAGAAAUAACCAGAGAAAUGAUGGAAGUGUGCAAUCGAAGUAAUAUGGGAGCAAGGAAUUAUUAAUUAAUCAAUUAAUAACAUUAAUAAAAUUCCUUACUUGUGUAUACAGCAUUAUUAUUUCCUCUACUUUGCAAAACUUUGGGGAAAGUAGCCUAUACCCUUUGCUUCUACUUCCUCACCACCCAUUCUCUCUUCAACCCACUGCAAUCUGACUUCUCUGUAAACUGGUCUAAGAUAAUCAAUGACCUCUAAUUGUGAAACCUUCAUCUUCCAUGAUAUCUGCAACAUUUCACUUUGUGGACUAGGGCUCUCUUUUUACCCCAACUUCUGAGAUAGCAUACUUCUCAUCUUUAAAAAGUGUUUUGGCUGCUCAAUCAAUCCCUUUGCCUAUGUCAUCUUCCUCAAUUCACCUUUGAAAUGUUGACUUCCUUAGAAUUCCUUUUUUUGGCUCCUUUUGUUCCCCUUUAAACUGUACCCUUUCUGGUGACCUACUAACUUCCAUGACUUCAAAUACUGUCUCUAUGUGGUGGUUUCCAUGGGGAAACAAUGUCAUGGUGUCUUUGAGAGCAUGUGUUUUGUCAUAAGACAGGCUCGAGUUUUACCUCUAUGAGCCAGGCAUUUAACUUCUUCAAGUCUUAGUUUCUUCAUAAACAAAAGGUAUAAUAAAAUAUACUAAAAGGGUAUAAUAAAAACAAUACCUAUCUCAUAGAGGCAUUAUGAGUAUUAAAUGAGAUAAUAUAAGGUAAUAUAUAUAUAUAUACUCAAUAAAUAUAGCCUUUGCUGCUGACCUCCAGACCCCCCCAUUUGCCUUGCUUCUUGAAAAUCAUCUGUACCUUAAUAUUUUGCAGACAUUUCAGAGUCAACAUGUUCAAAAUGAAAUGCCAUAUCUGUCUCCCCAAACCUGGUCUCCCUAUUCUGAUUACUCUCAGUUAAACAGAAUUACCAUCAAAUCACAUCAAUAUAGAGACCUCACUGUUAACCUUUAUUUACUCCCUUUUUAUCCCAACCUAUAAAAUACAAUAUCUGUAGAAUCGUCUCCCUCCUUUCCACUCUAUUGCUUUUGUUCAAGAUGUCAUAAUUCAUCUCUUUCUCUCUGGUAGGCACAGAGGUGUACCACCCAGUUCUGCCUUCCAAAGGAAAGACGUGCUAUUCAGCUACAGGAAGUAUAGUCAGCAGAUAGCCUCUAGCUGCUUCAGUUCCUUCAGGGUCUGCCUCACCCACAGAGAACAGUCCUGCACAAGGUCAUGCUCAUCCUGGGGCUGUCUUCAUCCAGUGCCUGAACGAAGCAGGGGGUAUACAGGUUCAGCCAUUCUGACCCACUGUAUUUCUGAUGAGCUGUGUUCAUUCCAGAGCUCCUCACCAGGUUGGCUGGGUCUUUGUUGGAUCUACACUACAGUCUGAUUUCUUCCUCUAUUCCAUCCUGCUUCCUCCCCCUAGUUAAUAAUAUCUUGCACCUCAAACCCUGUCUUGGCAUCUGCUUCCAGAAAGCCCAACCUGUGAUUGACAAUCUCUCUCUCUGUCUGUCUCCAAAUUGAGAAAGUCUAUCAGUCUUUUGACUGGACCAUGGCAAUAGCUCUUCCUCAUUUUUCUCCUGGUCUCUAAUUUCUCUAAUCCUCUACAUGGCAAUAAAAAUAUAUAGUUCUGAUCAUGUCACUGUUCUGUUUUUCAAAUUUCCCGUAUUUAUUGAGCUAAAUUCAGAAUCUGCAAAAUGACUGUCAAGGCCUUGUAAAAUCUGGCCCCAUCUUACUUUUCAAAUUUUUUUCCCUACCAGUUCU